AUGGAUAAUUUUUUUGAAAUUGUUAAGUUUUUAAGUUAAUUUUAGUUUUUAGGAAGGAAAAAGAUGGAAUGUAUCUUUUUUAAUAAAUAUAAAUAGAAAAAAAUUUAUAUGAAAAUUCACAAUAAUACAAAUAACCAACAAUGAUUAAAAAUGAAAAUGAUAUCAAUUUAAAUUUAAUUGAUUAAUCAGUUCAACAAUUUGAUUUAUGUAGUGAUAUUGUUUUCAAUUGUUCUGGUACAAUUAUGGUAUCCACUAACGGAUUAAAUAUAGAAGUUUGGAGUUUUGAGAAUGGAAAAAUUAAUUUAAUUAAUAGUUUGAAAGGACAUUCUAAUUAUGUUAAUUGUCUAGUUUAUAGUUAGAAAUAGGAUAUAUUUCUUUCAGGGUCAGGUGAUAAAACAAUAAGAAUUUGGAUUAAACAAGAAUAGAAUGAUUGGAUAAGUUCAUAUUAUCCAUCAAAUUCUGGUUAUGUAUAAUGCUUAUUGUUAAAUAAAAAUGAAGAUUAACUCUUUUGUGGAAAUGAAGACAAAUCAAUAAAAGUUUGGUAAGUUGAUUUUGAAAAGAAAUAAUUAAAUUUUUUAUAUUCUUUAGAGAAACAUGAAAAAUCUGUAGAAGCUAUAAGUUUAAAUUAAUCAGAAUCUAAAUUAGUUUCUUGUGCUGAUGGCUAUGACUAAAUAAUUAUAUGGGAAAGGGGAUCCUAAAAUUAAAUGGUAUUUAAAUAUAUUGUUAAUUAAUCAAUUUAUAAUUAUGGGCGCAAAGUUAAGUUUUUAAAAGAAAAUUAGUUUAUUUGGGCAACUGCUAGUAAUACUGAAAUUGCUAAAAUAUAUGUAUUUCAAUUAUAAAAUGGAGUUUUUGAAGAGAAUUAAGAAUAAACAAUCGAACUCAUUUCAAACAAUUAUAUAUAUGAUGAACAUUAAUUUCCAAUUGUUCAUAUUAAGGAAUAAAAUUUGAUACUUGUACGACAUAAAACUCACAUUUAUCUAAUCCGAGAAAUGAAUAAUGGUUAAUACAAAAUUGCAGGAUAAUUAGAUUGCGAAUAAAACUAUACUGUAGGAACACUAACAAAUAAUGGUUCUCAUUUAGUCUAUUGGAAUCUUCAAAAUAAAAGAUAUUCAAUAUAUGAAUUAGAAUAUAAAUGA